GAGCAAAACCUGGACUGUAGCGACAAUUCAAGCGCUUUGUUACCAUGGCAUCCUACGUGGAUUCAGAACCAACCCUCACAGUUGGCAACGAAGCGAUCUCGAGAAAUGCAAUUGAACGAGACAUCUUUUUACUAAUUGGAUCCUUUGCAAAGCAAAAAGUGCAUACCCUAGAAACUUUUUCAAACAUAUGGAAGGAAUACAACUUUUCUUUAAUCCACUUUGCCUGCCCGGAUCAACAGGGUCGCCCAAUGUUCAUGCAAGCCAUUAAUGAAGCGAUACUAGAACACUUCCGUUUCGAAACCACAUCAAUCCGACUCGGAGUGAUAUUUUCAUUAUAUCUCACAUAUUUCUCGCAACCUGAUAUAUGGCCCCGUGAGCCCAUACGGGUGACUGCAGAAAUUUGGACCUCUAUCCUCGAUUUCAUGGAACAAUGUGAUCGAAACAAGUCUGGAGGCGAUGGCUAUGAUGCAUUGAGCAAACUAAUGAACGAUAACGCGUUCAAAUUUUGCGCAACGCAAAGUGUCGUAGACACCAAUAUCUUUGACCAGCAUUCCAGCUAUGAAGUACAGGCUAUUGAUGAUUUCUUACGAGAUGUACGGAAAAGGCACUGGAAGAACAACAUCAGCUCUUACAUGAACAAUGGAAAGCUUGAUGCCGUUGAUGCACUAUCACGAAAAUACAUGGAUGCUAAAAAAGAACUGUUCAACACGAGGCAAGGCACCCUGGCUGCACAGAAAGUUAUGAAAGAUCUUGCAAAUAUCCAAGAAACAAAUCCAACUCAUCUUCGAAGAGUACUGCAAAGCAGCUCUCUUGGGCAUGGCGAUGAAGAGUUUGUGUCCUCCAUUAGAGAAAUUGUUUCUCGGUAUGAAGAUGCCCGAUUCAAUUCCGUCGUUCACAAACAGCGAAAUGCUUCAACAAAUCAAUAGGUUGUCCCAAUUUCUCAGGAGGACUUGAUACAGACUACACUUUAAUCAAAAUAACAUGUAAUAUAGAAAGACAUGGACAUGCUC